AUGCCAUCAAACAUUUCGCCAGCUAAGCGCUCGGUAUCCUCCCCGCAGGCGCCAUCGGACGUAUCUUCGAUGCCCCGUCACCCGUCCUUUACAGCCGCCCAGCCUCACAAGCCAACCGGCCACAAAUCACAUCGCCCACACGUUGUUGGCACGCAUCGCGUGCAUGGACGGACGCAGUCGCAUAAGAACCUAAAUAAGCUGCAACGACUGGCGCUUGCACACAACUUGGCUGCUGAUGGAGUAGGUGCGCCUCCAAAUCCGUCUCGCCACCAGCGAAAGAAAUCGGCGCCUGUUUCUCCUUCGACGAGCCCCCCCACACAACAGAGUCACGUCCGCUGGAACCAGUCUACGAUAUCGCUCACUACUCCGCCUACCAGUGCGCCUAUGCGGAAGAACUUAUCUACUCCGGCGUUAAGACGAAAUUCUGGAGUUCAGGCGAAAAAGGCCCUGACAGUGACGAAAGCUGAAAGUCAUGAAAAGAAGAAUACAACUAAAUCUGUUGGAUUCGACUUAGCUGAUUCCGAUGAUGAGGACGAGUGGGAGGAUCAUAGCUCUAUCUCGGCAUCUAGUACAAGACGAAACUCUGUUGUCUCAGGCAAGAUGAAUGGCCAAAAUAGCCUCACAAGUCCUGCAGCGGCAAGAUCCCCUCUUGUUCAAGAGAGUCACACCACGGACGUUCCCGGUCGGGGUGUGGUCAAUCAAGAUCAGCCCUCGCAGAAGCGUCCUGACGAACCGUCAGAGCAGCUUCACUUGCUGGACCAGCACUUGAUUGCAACUCGUAUUCUACAGCAGUCGCAUUCUGCGAAAGUUCCGCCAUCGGUCUCCUCGAUAUCCGCCACCGCAACUCCUACACCUCCCGAUAGGACUCCUCGUUCCAGCUCCUUUGCCAACUUAGCUUCUAGUCUAAGUGCAAUGAACCAUUCUCCUGCCCCCUCCGCCCCAAACUCGAUGAUUGUCACCCAUCCUCAUGCUACAUCUUCCUCCGCUGAAGGCGGGGUGUCCCGAUUUUUGAUAAAUGGCUCCGGCCCUAAUCCUCCCUCUAGCUCUGAUCCCGCCACCCCAUCCUCUUUUCUACCACACUACCAUCCUCGAACACCACCUUCACCCGAGUCCACUGUUGUUAAACACUCCAAGUCCCCCAAACCCUCUGCAAAUGGCCUUUUUGAACCACACUCCCGGACACAACAGAAGCUCUGGUUGCAAAGGACGGCGACUAUGUCCAACUCGCCUCCAGACACAUUUGCUCCUGGAUUAUGCCCCGCCGUGACUCCCUCGGCAAUAGAUUCACAUAUAUCCGGUGUCCCAUCUCGUCCUACUACUAGUGGCUAUGACACUCGUCGACCAGUGAUCGGGCCCCCUUGUCCUCCUGGAAUGCCUGCAGCUGAUAGUGAAAGCAAGCGUGCACGGAAAAUAUAUGAUAGAUUGGCUACGGAAUACUCUGUUGUUCGCCGCUUUAGGGACCCUGUCGUGGACAGCUUUAAACGUCUCCGCCUGAUACCUGGAUCUAACACGGACGGAAAGCUGACGAGAGUUAACUCUGCCCGUGACCUUGCUAGCAAUGGAGUAUCGCGCCCUGAGUCCCGGGAUAAUUCACACACUUCUACUAGUAUUAAAGAGCCAGGAGUAGGUAGCCAGUUCCUUAGCAAGACCAACUCUUCAAAGCAAAGUCAAGUUCGGUUUCAAGGGCAUGAUGAUAUAAUUGAAGAGCCAGAUCACGCUAUCGAAAAGCUUUCCAAAACAUCCGUACUAGCUGAUGGGAAUACCUACGAGCAACACGUAGAUGGCCCCAGCGACAAUACGCGAUACCGGCCUACUGAAAAUGAGCUGUUAGCUCGCAGAAUAUGGGAGAGCAGAGAAGUUCCCAUAGCGGGGGAAUAG